AGGCAAGGAACUAUCGAGGAUAGUGGUUUCAGAAAAAGAAGAAUCUUAUCUCAUAUUGUUUCAGUUUGAAACUAGUCGCGCUUAUUAACGGAUAGUGUAUACCAAUAGGUGGUGAUUAAAAAAAAAUGAAGAGUUCAGUUUGUGGGGUCGCUUUUCUUGCGAUUUUCGGUUUAGUUAGUUCCCAACAACUAAAAGGUAACCAGGAAGAUCCUUGCCAGGUUAAAGCUAGGGUGGUAGGUGAUGAAACAUAUUGUGACAGGUAUUGGGAAUGCGUAAAUGGACAACCAGAGCUUUACGACUGUCCAAAUGGCUUAGUUUAUGCAGGAAAGAACCGAGGAGUCACGGAAGGAUGUGAUUAUCCAUGGAGAUCAAACUACUGCGAUGGAAAACAACAAGCAAAUCCUCCAAUUGGUACCGACCAUUGCGAUUGGUUGUACGGCAUCUUUGGACAUGAAACAUCUUGUACCAGAUAUUGGACUUGCUGGAAUGGUACAGCAACAGAACAACUGUGCAUUGGUGGACUCUUGUACAAUGAGAGAACCCACUCUUGCGAUUGGCCUGAGAAUGUAGAUGGAUGUCAAAAACAUCCUUUAUGUAACGAUGACCCCAAUGGUAAUGUGCCUUUAGGAAAAUCUUGUAAUAGAUAUUGGCAGUGUCAAGGUGGAUAUCCGAGAUUGCAGAGGUGUCCCGCCAUGUUGGUGUUUGAUAGGAGGUCACUGAGGUGCGUGGUUCCUCCUACUGAAGACUGUGACAUACCUAGCACACUUCCUCCACCAAUACAAGAGGAUGAGGAUCAGAACAUUCCACAAAAUAAUCCAAAAAAUAGAGGACAACGAGAAGAACAGAACUUCCCUAAUCUACCUCAAGGAGCAAUUCCUAUUCCACUUAAAGGCAAACCAAAAAAUUAAAAACCAAAUUAACUUAUUCAUUCAUUUUAAACCGAUCAUUUACAUCAUAAAUUAAUGAUUUUAUUUUAAAAAAAAGAAGCAGCUGCCUCUAUAAUAAUUGUAAUUUUCCUAUAACAAAUUACUGUACAUUACUAUCUGAAGACGAUCGUUAAAUAAAUCACAACACACGAUGUAAUUCCAAUGGAGACGCCUGAUCUUUAAGUUACAUAAUCGGCUAAAGUAUGUUAUGUAGCUUAUUGCGGAUUUUUAUUAAAAUCUUUUUCCUCGUACUACUAUAUAUGUGUGGCACUUUCUCCUUUCACAUACAAGGAUUGAACUAAAUUUAAUAUCUUUUUUAUUUAUUCCCAAAAGAAAACAAAACAAAAAUUGGUUAAUCGAGAAUAUUAAUUAUACAACUUCUCUAGAUAAUAAAAUAUUUGUUUAACCUAAAUUCAUUAUUGUGCCAGUAUCAAAUUACAUAUAAGUAACUUUCAUCUAGAUUGAGACAGUUUUAUCAUUUCCAUUUCUUUUUUCACUUAACUGUUGAUGUUUAUCGUUAGUUCUUAGUUAUUUUUACAAAGUAUUAAUCGUAGUUUGUUUUAGUUUUAAGUACAUGUGUAUAGUUAAAUAGGUGCCUAUUUAAAAAACCUGUUAAAAAUAAAAGUCUUUUUGAUAAAAA